UGCUCACCUUUCCUCCCUCCGUACUCACAUCGUAGAGCAGAUUUUGGACAGUGCAAGGAUUCAGGGUCAUGGUUAAACAACUGUUGUCUUUUGUGCUAUAUCAAGCACACAACGCAUGUCUAUUGUCCCUUCCGGAAACUGAAGCUCAGCCCCCCAAAACCUCACCGUCCUCCUGUGGUUCUUGAAAGUGGCGAGAGAUGGAUCGUGACGAUGUGGCUGGCUUUGUCAGCGGAGGUUGCAAACAUUUCUUGCGGGAGACUUCUAAUCUAAUAUAACCCAGCAGCACAGCACAGUAGAUGACAGUAGCAGUAGUAGGGUUUUUGGUUCUUUUCGUUUCGUCUCUGGACAUGUUUCUUGACUGGAAUGGACAGGGCCUCCUCCUCCCUAAGCCUUGGAUCUGGUGGUAACGUUGACUCCUCGAACGAUCCCUGUCACCGGCAGGCAGUUCAGUGCAGAUCGAGGUACUGCCGUCGGCACACUACUAGUGUAUCGUCCCAGCUUCUCUGGGGACAAGACAACCCGAGGGCUGGUAUGGCUGGAGUUGAAGGUCCUGGAAACCCGCUGCUCACGCUUGGUCUGGGCCGGUCACCAAGUUCCUCUGAGACGAACAGCAAGGUCAGCUCCCCCACAGCCUGCAUGAUGUCUCCAUCUUCAGUGAAAGAGGCUGACGAGGAGUCGUCGAUGGAUCUUGGUCUGAGCUUUGAUCUCUGUCUUGGUCAUGACACUGCACAUCGUCACAAGAAGCCAUCGGCAGGUGCUCCGAAGUUGGACCUUCAGUUGAGCCUGUCCACCUGUUCGCCUGAAUCAGCCUUGACCAAUGUAAGUGCCAAUGAUGGCUUAGAGACAGUGGCAGAUACUACUACUACUCUGGAAAAGCUAGAGCCCUGGAUCUUCAGGAAUUACAUGGCUUCAUCAUCAUCAUAUGCAUAUGCUUCUGAAGCAACCUACGGCCUUUCUUUGCCAAAGAUACCUGAAGAUGUCGUGGUCGUGCCUUCAACAACAGACGUGUCAUCAGCCGUUACGGUGAGCGUGAAAAGCCCGGCUCCGAAACGGAGCAAUAUUAGCACGAAAUGCUGCCAGUUCCCAGGGUGUGAGAAGGGAGCGAGAGGAGCCUCUGGUUACUGUAUCGCCCAUGGCGGCGGCAGGCGGUGCCAGAAACCUGGCUGCCAGAAGGGAGCCGAGGGGAGGACCAUCUACUGCAAAGCCCACGGUGGCGGCAGGCGGUGCCAGUACCUGGGCUGCACGAAGAGCGCCGAAGGCCGCACCGACCACUGCAUAGCCCACGGCGGCGGGCGGCGCUGCAGCCAGGACGGCUGCUCGCGCGCCGCGCGCGGGAGGUCCGGCCUGUGCAUCAAGCACGGCGGCGGCAAGCGGUGCCAGAGGGAGAGCUGCAGGAGGAGCGCGGAGGGGCACUCGGGCCUCUGCAUCUCGCACGGCGGCGGGAGGCGGUGCCAGUUCCCGGAGUGCGCCAAGGGCGCCCAGGGGAGCACGGGGCUGUGCAAGGCGCACGGCGGCGGGAAGCGCUGCACGUUCCCCGGAUGCACCAGGGGAGCCGAAGGCAGCACCUGGCUCUGCAAGGCGCACGGCGGAGGGAAGCGCUGCGCCCACCAGGGCGGCGGCGGCGGCGGCGCGUGCCCCAAGAGCGUCCACGGCGGGACGCGGUACUGCGUCGCGCACGGCGGCGGGAAGCGGUGCCUGGUCGCGGGCUGUACCAGGAGCGCGCGAGGGAGGACGGAGCACUGCGUCCGCCACGGCGGCGGCAGGCGGUGCAGGGCCGAGGGCUGCGCCAAGAGCGCGCAGGGGAGCACCGACUUCUGCAAGGCUCAUGGCGGAGGGAAACGCUGCGUGUGGGGCCAGGAGGGCUCGAGCCUCGGGGCCGGCGGGCCGCCGUGCGAUAGGUUCGCGCGGAGCAGGGUCGGUCUCUGUGCGGGUCACGGCGCUCUGGUCGAGGACCGCUGCGUACACGGUGGCGGCUCGUUGGGCCCUGCCCCUGCUAUCGGGCAGCUGACAACCGAUUGUGAGCCUGCUGCUGCUGCUGCAACGAGGGGCGAUGCUGAUAUGGCGGACGGAGACGAGGAAGCGUUCCUGACGCUGGGAUGGAACGGCGACGGUGAGUCUGCUGGCGCCACGGCCCCGGCCCCGUUCAUGGAGGGCAGGGUCCAUGGCAGCGGGCUGCUUGCUCUGCUCAGCUGCUCUGGUAAUGGCGGCGCCUCGGCGGCUUCGUCGACUGGCAUGCGCACCUGGAUGUGAUGUUGUAGGUUCGAGUAGUGACAGUGUCUUGUCGCAAUGCCUGAAUCCGGCGGCAUAAACGGCUGCCCCGUGUAGCAGAAAUAAUAAGGGGUAGCCAGCAGGGGUCAUAGUGUGUUAUUGCUAUCGUUGGUGAAGUGUUUAUCUGACUGACUGUGUGUAUUGCCCGUGAUUGAUUGAAAGUCUGUCUUAUACAUUGUGAAGUGGUAGCCUUGUUU